UAAACUGUAAGAAACUUAGCGAGCUCCCAAUUCCCAACAAUAACAUUCCAUUCCAUUCCAUACACACAUCUAUCCAACACUCUCUUCUCUCUUACCUCUGAUCCAUGGACUACUACUGGACUAGAGGUCACACCCUCGGCCGGGGAUCCACAGCCACCGUCUACACUGCUGAAUUUCAUGGGUCUGGUGAACUCUUUGCCGUGAAGUCAGCGGAGGUACACCGGUCUGAGGAGCUGCGGAAAGAACAGGGUCUUCUUUCAUCGCUCAAUUGUCCUCAGAUUGUCAAGUACAAAGGGUACGAUGUUACGUACGAGGAUGGUCGGUACUUUUACAACCUCUUCUUGGAAUACGCGCCAAGGGGGACCCUGCUUGACGUAAUUGCCCAUUACAAUCACGGCGGUGCCACCAUGGAACACUCAUUGGCAAGUGUCUACACGCGCCAGAUUCUGUUGGGACUCAACUAUCUUCAUUCCAAUGGGAUAGUACAUUGCGAUGUAAAAGGGCAGAACGUUCUCAUCACCCAACAUGGCGCCAAAAUCGCCGACUUUGGUUGUGCCCGCAAAGUUGGCUCCGGCGCCGGCGGACGAGGAGGGGUUAUCGCUGGAACGCCGGCGUUCAUGGCGCCGGAGGUGGCGCGUGGGGAUGAACAGGGAUUCCCAGCUGACGUGUGGGCCCUGGGAUGCACCAUUCUUGAGAUGGUUACCGGGAAACCGCCGUGGAAUGACGUUUCCGGCGACCCUGUUUCGGUGCUUUAUCGGGUUGGAUUCUCCGGCGAGGCGCCAGAGAUUCCGGAAUCUGUAUCGGAGGAAGUUAAGGACUUCUUGGGGAAGUGCUUGAGGAGUGAAGCGAGUAAGAGAUGGACGGUGAAGGAGCUUCUGGGACACGCGUUCGUUGCGGAAUCGCGUUUUGUGGGAAUAGAAUGUGAUGAGCAUGAUUUGGACACACCCACAAGUGUUUUGGAACCACAAGGCCUUUGGAACUGGCACACCAAUCAGGACUCGCCACGUGGCAUAUCUUCAAUGAAUUCUCCUAGUGCUAGGGACAGAGUUCUUGGGUUGUGUGGUGAUGAUGAGCCUAACUGGGAUCUUAAUAAUGCUGAUGAUGAUAAGUGGAUCACUGUGAGAAGUAAUGAGGACUACUCUCCCGUUGGGAUAGCUCAGGAUUUUUGUUCAGACAAUGUUAGGAUCCUUAGAGAGGAUGAUGAGAAUGUUUUGGUGAAUUUUUAUGAACCACCACAGGAUGUAGUAGUAAUUUGCAAUGUAAUUCAUGAAUUGAGUAGAUGGAAUGAUGUAGUAGUUGUUGUUGGUGAUUCUUACCUUUGCAGAAUCAUUGAUUGUAAGUGUUGCAUUAGAGAUUCAGUGUUUUUAGGGUGUUGUUCAUCAUGUUCAUCUCUAAACAUUUAUUAUUAUUGUUGUAAGAAGAAAGAAAUUUAUGUUACGCAUGGUCUCCUCUUUAAUUCCACUUUGGAUGAUAUGGCUACUUUACAAUUUAAAUUUCCUAUUCUACUUCAAUGGAAUAAUAACGUGUUCCCAAUAAUGUGA